UGCCGACUUCGACUUCAACUAGGACUAACUAGGACGACGACUGCGACCUCAACUACGACUACGACUAUUGACUAUGUGCUCGGUUGGUCGAGUAGCGUUCGCAACGAAGCAGACAGAAGAGAGGUUAGUUGGAAUUGAAACAGGCGACGGAAAAAGGUGAUCUUAGUAUUAUAGUUUGUAUUCGCUUUUGAUCAUAUCUGCAAGUACUUAGUGCAUUUACCAUAUCAAAUUUAAUUGUUUCAUAAAUCGAGUCAAGCCAGUUUAACAUCGGCAUUCUGCGUCAACACCAACGUUUCCGUCGCUCUUCUUUUCCGACUUCUUUCUCAGAUUAUCGUUUGCCACGGAUACACCACCAUUCAAAAUCUAUCAUAAUAUAAUAUUCUGCUAGUUGUCUGUCAUGCUUCAAUCGAUCGUAGUUACUCUUCUUGUCAUUGGAAUAGCCUCUGCCGAGGACUGCAAAGGAUGCGUCUCUUUGGACUCGUAUUCUUUCAACAAGGUAAUUCCAAAAUUCAAAGCUGCGAUAGUAAAAUUCGAUGUGGCAUUUCCGUACGGAGAAAAACACGAGGAAUAUGGUCAAAUAGCCGCCGCCACAAAAGAUGCCAAUGAUCUUUUGGUAGCCGAGGUCAGAGUCAAGGAUUAUGGGAAUAAAGAUAACUCUGAUCUCGCUGCUCGUUAUAAAAUCAAACCACAAGAAUUCCCGGCGGUUCUACUCUUUCUCCAAGGGAAAACAGAGCCUAUCCCUUUCGUCACAGACAAGGAAACUGAAUUCAACGCGGAUAAUAUCAAGCGAUUCAUUAAAACAAAGUCGACCGUAUACCUUGGUCUGCCAGGUUGCGUCGAACAAUUAGAUAGACUUGCGGAAGAAUUUAAAUCUGGCGGAGAAAAAGAAAGGAAGGAGAUAUUGAAUAAAGCAAAAGUCUUUGAAGAAACAUUACCUGACACGCAACGCACAGCUGCCAAAGUUUACGUUAAAACUAUGGAACGAAUAUUAGAGAAAGGAGACGUAUUUGUUCAAACUGAACAAACUAGAAUAGAGGGUAUCUUGAAGGGUAAACUAUCGAAUGAGAAAAAACGUACAAUGGAAGAGAGACGCAAUAUCCUGCAUUCGUUUUUGCGCAGAGAUGAACUGUGAAAAGAUACGAACUAACAUUGCAAACGCAAUAAGAUACGAUACGACACGACACGAUAUAAUACAAAAAUGAUAUCACGAAUUUUGUACGUGCCGUAAAUGUUAAUUACUAUACUGCAUUUUAGAGUUCGUUUUCAACUCACUCGAAACAUUCCAUUAUUUUAGUUCGUAAUUAUAUCAGCAUGAAAAAUUUGAAAAAAAAAAAUGCAAUUUGAAAAUAAUAAAAUAUUUCGAAGUAAUAUAGGAUUCGUAAACGCACUAACACAGGGCGCAUUCAUAAAUGAUUACACUCUGUCAUUAUUUUGUACGUUUCGUACCGAACCACGAAUACGCGAAAGAAAUUUAACAAGACUGUAAUUGAAUAAUGAUUCUUAUUCUCCUCACUGUGUAGUUGUUUUUCACACGUAAGUAGUUUCUCGUAUUUUCAUUUGACUUUGUUUUUCUUUGAAAUUAUUCUUUGUUUUCCUUUGCUUUUUUAAUAGUAUAAAUGCUAAAACAUUCUCCGCUAAAAGAUCACAGAUAAUGUACAAGAUUCGUAUAAAUAUUGUCUUACUCGUAAAUUCGAAGUUUAUUCCAUCUGUUUAAUAAAAUUAU